AUGGGGCCUUCUGAAAUGCAUAAGGAGCAGCUGGAGAUGCUCGUGAAGAGGCAACACCGCGAGGAGGGAGGGACUGCAACACGCCAGCGGGACUGGGCCCCCGCGGUGCGCCGCAGCUUUUGCCCCGUCGAACGCUCCAGAGCGCAUGCCCAGAGCGGUGGGCAUUGUCACGUGCGGCCGCCUCGCGCGGAUUGGCCCCCCGCCCGCGAGCUCCGGGGGGAUUGGCUAGAGCGGUCGGGGCGGUGGCGGCGGCACGCGGAGGGAGGCUGCGUCGGUGCGGCGGCUGUGGGGCAGAGAGCAGGUGCGUCCCCGCGGUCCCCGCCCCGCCACCCACGGCGAUCCGAUCCCUGGCCCUCGGGACCUGCCCCUGUCCCCCGGCCCGAGGCGGGUUGGGGGGUCGGCACGCCUGGAGCCUCGGUGGCCCCGCCCCGACGGCCGCUCCGCCCCCAGGCCGCCCAGGCCCGCCCUCAGCUCCUCGGGGAUGGAGGUCCUGGACGAGUUCGACAGCGAGUUGCCCCAGAGUGUGACCUUCUGCCAGCUCAUCUCCGAGGAGGACUUCGAGAGGCAGGCGGCCACCUACACGGAGCGCGCGCUGCGCCGCCUCUUCCGCAGCAUCGACCGCAACCCGGCGCUGGCCGAGAGGGUGGUGCGCAAGGGCAAGCUGGCCGAGCAAAGUUCUUCUGUGCAGUUCAGGGGGAGCUGAAUUGUUGCAACAGCAUGGGUGCCCUGGAAAUGCACCAGCGCCUGGAGCAGCUGAAGAGGAGCAUUCACCGCGUGCACCUCUACUCUCAGGAUGCCAAGAAGAAGAGAAGAAAGCCAAAGCCGAAGAAACCAGAACCCAUCCUCUUGCGAGACCGCGCAACCUCCCCAUGCCUGCCACCAGCCCUGCUGCCGCCUCCACCGCUGCUGUCACCUGCCACCACCAUGGCCUCCGUGGUGGCCCCAUCACCCCCUGUCUACACUAUGCCUCGGGUCUUUGGCCCCUUCCCUCCGCUGCCCAGCAAGUCGAUGGAGAAGUUGGAGGUUGCAAGGUCAGAAGUGAAAUUGAACUGGCCUGGCCUGUCAUCGAACCCAAAGAGACACAUGGUUGAUCUGACCCCCUUGGUCCUCAACCCCGGAGGCUUCCAUUUCUCGUACCUGGCUGGAAACAGUGCACACAAGCUCCGUUGCCCUGGCUUCCCCUGGACCUCGGCUUGUAGUGGUCCCCCCAGUACUGAGGAGACACCACUCCCUCCUGUGAAGGCCUCCAUCUUCACCCCGCCUGUCUUGCUCAAGUUCCAGCCUGUGCCAAGACCCAAAGAUGACUCUGAGAACGACCCUAGCAGCACAGAGUCUGGGACCCCCAAGAGGGGCCCAUAACCUCUUCCCUAUAGACCAUGGCUAAAGGAAUGAAUAAAGUUCUCGCGGAGGUGCCUUA